GAGGCACAAUGACGAAUGACAAUUUCGUUAUCACAAAUAUAUAAUACAUUCUUAUCAGCGACGAACGAUGAUGCACGUGUUACAGUUAAAAAAGAAAUAGUCCGUCAUUUAAUCAAAAUGAUAUUUAAUUGUUUGAAAUGUAAACGUUUAUCAAUAACGUGUAAAGUUUUGGAACGAUCAAGAAUAUUUUAUCCUAACCUAUCAACUAUGUUAAUUCGUUGCAAAUCAGAUGAUACAUUUGUGACUAUUGCUGACGUAUCGAAGCGUGUCAAAACAGCGAAAACUCCAGAAUACAUUCCUAGAAAAUAUUUAUUAAAUGUAACUGGACAAGGAUCAUUGAGGCAUUUAAAAUGGAUGCUACAAAAGGAUAUCUUAUGUCAAGAUAUUUUUCUAACAGGAAGUCCAGGUUCCAGAAGACGAGAAUUAGCUUUGGCCUUUUUAGAAUUAACAAAUCGAGAAUUAGAAUUCAUUGCUUUAUCAAGAGAUACAACGGAGGCUGAUUUGAAACAGAGAAGAGAGAUUAAAAGUGGAACUGCAUAUUAUCAUGAUCAAAGUGCAGUAAGAGCUGCUAUUAAUGGUAGAGUUCUUCUGAUAGAAGGCGUAGAGAAAGCAGAACGAAAUGUUUUGCCUAUUUUAAAUAAUCUAUUAGAAAAUAGAGAAAUGCAUUUGGAAGACGGCAGGUUCCUUAUUCCAGCUGAGCGUUAUGAUAAAUUAUUAGAGCAACAUAGUCAAGCAGAAUUAGACGCAUGGCAAUUGGUUAGAGUCAACGAGGACUUUAGAGUAAUCGCUUUGGGACUACCAUCACCACGUUAUCCUGGUCAUCCAUUGGAUCCACCUCUAAGAUCUAGAUUUCAAGCACGAUAUAUUCCAUUUUCUACCUUUGAAGAACAGAUUAAUAUGAUGAAAAAAAUAACAUCGGACAACAUUGAUCCAGAACGUUUAUCAAAAUUAUUAUCCUGUGCUCAUGCCUUGGUAACUCAGGAAGCUAUGAGUUUGAAUCUUCCUGAUUUUCCUUUGGAUAAUCUUCCGCUAGCUGCGAAAAUUUUGGAUAAUUGUCCGGAUCUCUCGGUAUUUGAUAUAUUUUAUAGGUUUUAUCCGUACAAAUUGUUUUUGGGAAAGGAAGGACAAGACGCUGUUGAAAAUAUUCUUAAAACGUUCGAUGUUUUGAGAAAUCCAUUGAUAAGAAAAUCAAGUAAAAUAGAUACUGAGAAAAUUGGAGAGAAUUUGUUAAAUGUUUUUAUCAAAAGGGACGACGUAAAAACGACGUUGCAAGUACUUUCUGGAUCGAUAGAAUUAAAUAAAUCAAUGGGAGAUAAUUAUAUAGAGACGAAGUAUCAAAAUAAUUUAUUGGCCAGCUUAAUGGAAUCGCAUUUGGCCUCGGAUUUGUGUUUAAUUGGUCCGAAAGGUUGUGGGAAAACUACGACAGUUCAAAAGUUAGCUGAUUUAAUGGGUUAUGAAGUAGAGCCUAUAAUGCUUUAUCAAGACAUGACGUCGAGGGAUUUAAUACAGCAAAGAACAACGUUACCGAAUGGUGAUACUGUUUGGAGAAAUUCAGCUCUUGUGGAUGCAGCUCUUGAAGGAAAAAUGGCUGUGUUAGAUGGAAUAGAUAGAAUACAUUCUAGUACUCUUGCCAUAUUACAUAGAUUAAUUCACGAUCGUGAAUUACAAUUGCACGAUGGCACGAGACUUAUAAGAUCCGAUCGAUACAACGAAAUUAAAGAGGAGUAUAAAAAAUCGGACGAAGAAAUGCAUAAAUCGGGGAUUUAUCAAAUUCAUCCGUCCUUUAGAUUGAUAGCACUUGCUGGAAAGCCAAUGAUUAAUAGUUCAAUAGGUCAGUGGUUAAAUUCAGAGCUUUUGAGUAUGUUCCUUUUUCAUGAAAUGAGACCUCUGGCUAAAGAAGAAGAAAUUCAUAUUAUUCGCUCGAAAUACGGAGAACCCAGCGAAGCUCUUUUAAAUAUUAUUCAAUUAGCGCACACAUUAAGAUCUUCGAAUGAUCCAACUUUACAAUCUCUCGCUGGAUCACUUAGUACAAGACAAUUAUUAAGAAUAGCCGAAAGAAUGAAAAAAUUUGAUAACGAUGAUGCUUACACGGCCGUUCAUCGAGCUUGCCUGGCACGUUUCUUACCAUCUGUGACUAAACAAGCACUCGAUGAUUGUUUGAAUCGAUUGAAUAUAAUUCCUAAAGAAGAUAAGACCGAACGGAAGAUCGAUUACGAAGUUACAGAUAAUACCGUGAAAAUUGGUAAAACUAUUGUCGAUAGAUACAAUACGAAGUUAUUAAGCAAAGUACCAGAUAUUUUAUUUUACGACGUACCACAACAUUUAACACUUUUGGAAAGCUUACUUCAAGACUUUAUGCUCGGACAUAAUCUUUUGUUAGUUGGUAAUCAAGGCGUUGGUAAAAAUAAAAUAGUCGAUAGAUUGUUACAAUUGAUGAAUAGACCCCGAGAAUAUAUUCAAUUGCAUAGGGAUACUACUGUUCAAACUUUAACAUUGCAGCCUAUGGUUAAAGACGGUAAAGUAGUUUAUGAGGAUUCACCACUUGUUCAAGCGGUUAAACUUGGACAUGUGCUUGUUAUCGACGAGGCGGAUAAAGCUCCGACACAUGUGACGUGUAUAUUAAAGACUUUGGUCGAAUCCGGAGAAAUGAUAUUAUCGGAUGGCAGACGAAUCGUUCCAUCUAAUACCAAUUUAAUUAUUGAUAAUUCUAACGAAAGGAUACCACUUCAUCCAGAUUUCAGAAUAAUAGUAUUAGCGAACAGACCUGGUUUUCCAUUUUUGGGCAAUGAUUUCUUCGGUUCUUUGGGAGAUCUAUUUAGUACACAUUCUGUUGAUAAUCCCACUAUGGAAAAUGAAAUUCAAUUGUUAAAGCAAUACGGUCCUAAUGUCGAUGAUAAAAUAAUAGAGAAAUUGGUCAAGGCCUUUGGAGAAUUGAGAGGUAUGGCCGAUCAAGGAUUAGUAUCCUAUCCCUAUUCGACACGAGAAGUUGUCAAUAUAGUCAAACAUAUAGAGAAAUUUCCAAAAGAACCUUUAUCGGUAGUUGUCAGAAAUGUAUUUGAUUUCGAUCGAUACAGUCCAGAAAUUUUUGAUACUUUAGUAACUGUUUUACACAAACACGGCAUUCCCGUAGGAACUUCACCGAAUAAUGUAGCAUUAGCGAAAGAAAUAUCUUUACCGGAUAUCAAGGUUUGCGGUAGUUGGAACGUUUUGAACACAUUCAAGGUUCUGCCCGUUCAAGAGAGAUACAUUAAAUUGAAAGCACCCUCUUAUCCAAUUCGAAAUAGUCAAAUGUUAGAUCGAGUAGAAGCUAGAUCUGCAUGGUUCACCGAGUUACAGAGUUAUUGGACUGUACCAUUAAACGAAAGUGGUCUUGUCGUGUCUUUGACAGUUACUAAGGGAACAAAAGGAGAUGGCACAGAUGAUAAAGUACACGUACUUACUACGAAUCCUUUAAGUUUGUUUACUAUGAAUCUAGAGAGUGAAACAAUUCAAGAGAUUAAAAUACACGGUUUGAUUAAAGAACGAAGUCAUAAUAAUGCAUCGUUAUGUACAAUUGCAUCUGAUAAAAUUGGAAAUAUUUUUCUACAUGAAGGAAAUAGUAAUAGUCUGCUAAUGAUAAAUACGGAUAAAGGGUCCGUUCAAGAAAUUCAAUUGUCAUCAAUUUUGGAACAGACUGUUGAUAAAAUUUCUAAUACUCUUGGACGUCAAAAUUUAAAUUGGAAAAUGUUGCCGGAUCUGAUUUCUUCGAACAAUCAAAUUGUAUUUUUCGUUCCUAACAAAAACAAGGUGGAAGUUAUCAAUCUGGAUAAUAUGAGUGUCUAUUCGAUCAAUUUACCCUGUGACGCGGAAUCGAUAUUGCUUGCGUCUGCGAAUAAAUGGCUGAUACAGGAUACGUUCAAGAAUAAAUAUAUUUUCGAGAAGUCUGUGGAGUCUCAACCGUGUCCGAACGUUUUACGAGAAAUUCAAGAGUCCGAUAGUACUAACCUGAGGAAAGACAUUUUAUUGAAUUGUUCUCAAGAUAAUUUACAUCAAAAUAUACUUAGCGAAGCGUUGCAACAAAAGAUAAAUUCUCCUAAUAGACUUUUGAUUACUAAUAACAUAUACGCUGGUAUCAUUAUUGGAUUUCCUGAAUUGGACAGUGCUUAUGAAUUAUAUUAUUGGCCUAGGAAAAUACGAUUGAAUAAUUUUAUUACGCCUAUUAUAACGAACGACGGUCAAGUGAUACGAACGAUAUCCAUUGAACAAGUUCCUGAAGAAGUUUGUCCUAAUGAUAAAAAACAUAUUGGAAUUUCUGGUUAUUUAGAAGUCGUUAAUACUGUCAAUCACAAAGUUCGAUACAUUCCCAUACCCGAACCUACCAGAAUCUCUCAUCUUUCACAAUGGUUAUACGGUAAAGAGUUACCAAUAUUUGCAUCGGCUACUUCGAAUUAUGGCCUUGUAACUGUUGACGUCACUGGAUGCGUUCGUCUAUGGGAAACGUCUUUAACGAAUAUAGAAAAGUCUUUAGGCUCUUGGAGAAGUAUGAUUGGAAUUGACGAUGAUAAGAUACAAAUUACGAAGGAAAGAUAUUCGGGUCAAGAUGUAAGCGGACCGAAACAUGGAAAGAUCGAUGAGAAAAAUGAUCCUCACGUUGGUGGAAAUACUUGGGCCGGUGGAACAGGAGGUAGAGACACGGCUGGAUUAGGUGGAAAGGGUGGUCCAUAUCGUUUGGACGCUGGUCAUACGGUACAUCAGCUUAGCGACGAUGAAAAAAAUUCAGUUCCUGAACAUAUAAAAAAAGCUGCACGUGAAAUGGGUUUGCGUGCAUUUAAGCAACGUCUAAGGGAUAUCAAAAUGAGCGAAUACGAUCAUAAACUUUACAAUAGAUUUAGCGAUGCCGUUUCUAAACAAGUUCAAGCAUUGAGAAUAAUAUUAGGUAGUUUACAAGCUAAAAGCAACGAACGUCAAUGGUGUAGACACCAAACGUCCGGUGAAUUGGAUGAUACCAAAUUAAUAGAAGGUUUAACGGGUGAAAAAACGAUUUAUCGACGUAGAGCAGAAAAGGAACCAGAGCUUGGUGUUCCCCAAUUAAAACCGAAAAGAUUGAAAUUGGUGGUUGAUGUGUCCGGUAGCAUGUAUAGAUUUAAUGGCUAUGACGGACGAUUAGAUCGCGAAAUGGAAGCUUGCGUUAUGGUGAUGGAAUCGUUCAGUGGUUACGAAGAUAAAUUUCAAUAUGACAUCAUUGGUCAUUCCGGAGAUGAUUAUCGUAUCGUAUUUGUGGAUCGUUCUAAACCACCGAUUGAUAAUAAAAGAAGAUUAGAAAUAAUCAAAAUGAUGCACGCUCAUUCGCAAUUUUGUAUGUCCGGUGAUAAUACAUUAGAAGCAACGCAAGAUGCUAUUUCUGGCUUAGCAAAAGAAGAUAGUGACGAAUCGAUCGUUGUUGUACUUUCGGAUGCAAAUUUAGAACGUUAUGGGAUUAGACCAGAAAGAUUUGCUAAAGUACUCACGUCGAAUCCAGACGUAAACGCUUAUGCUAUUUUUAUCGGUUCGUUGGGCGAUCAAGCGACAAGAUUGAUCGAAAAAAUGCCGUCAGGACGUGCCUACGUUUGUAUGGAUUUACAAAAGAUUCCACGAAUAUUGCAACAAAUAUUUGCCUCAUCCGUAUUAAGUACAACGCGAGUGAAUUGAUGAAAAAAUUAAAUUAGUUUAAUGAAACAAAUUAUGAAAGGUACAUAAGAACAGUUCUUUUUUUUUUUUUUUUUUUUAUAACAUUACGAUUUAUAUUUAUACUACUUGUAAUAUAUGGAUUUAUAUUUAUCAAAUUUGUAUUUAUAAAAAUUAUAUAUAUAUAUAAAUAAGACCAAUCGUGAUUUGUCAGAAAUUAAAAAACGUAUCUCCUUUGA